UUUCUCUCUCUCUGUGUCUCUAUGCCUUUCUAUCAGCCGGGUUUAUUCUCAGCGGACUGAUGCACACAACAUAACAAGACCUUUCUCCCGUCCUCUCUCUCUCCCCCCUCUGGCGCUCUCUCUCACUCUCUCUCUCUCCUCUCUCUCCCCAGGUUCUCUCCUCCAUCCGGUCUCCCCUCCUCUGUUGUGCACCUGCUCCUCCCCCUCUGCCUUAUUAUCCUCAGACUCAGAGCAGCGCUCCGUCCUCGCCAAGUGAUGCUCCUCGGCGGCGCACAUCGGUGGCUUCUCACCGCCCGGCGCAGGGAGGACCGCGGCUGGUUUCUUCUCCUCUGGAAACAAAGCUGAGGGACGGCACAACAUGGGCAUGUAACGGGGUUUUUGAGAGAGUGAUCCCGAGGAGGGUCAGACGACGAAGAAGCACUCAGGUCCCAUCCGAGGGAAGAGAGGGAGGAGGUGAAGGAGGAGGACUCCGGCGAGAGGGUCCCGGUGGGACGGGGGGAACGCACGCAACGGAAGGUUUUGUGCUCUGCAUAGUUUGACAAUGGACUAAAGGCGGCUGUUUCUGUUGUUUGGUUGUAACAGAAUAGAAUCACGGGAUUUGGAAAGGAAAGGUUGUUGGAGUUGCGGCGGCUCGCGCGGUGCCUUUCUGUUUGCGAUGGAGUGAGGGAAAGAGAGGGCGCGCGGUAACUUCAGCCUCGCCAUGAAAUCAGUGUUUUUUAGCCGCUUCUUCAUCCUGCUGCCCUGGGUCCUUAUUGUCAUCAUCAUGAUCGAUAUGGACAGUAAAAGGACGGUCCGGGCUCCAGCGGCGGCUCGCACCGGCAGGGCGCAGCGGGCCGCCCGGAACGGCGACCCGGGAGUCGGUGGCGCCCAGAACCAGUCCGCUCUGCCGGUUAUCUACGCCAUCACUCCGACGUACACCCGGCCGGUGCAGAAAGCGGAGUUGACCCGUCUGGCCCACGCCUUCCGCCAGGUGCCCCGGUUCCACUGGAUCGUAGUAGAGGACUCGACCACGCGCACGGAGCUGGUGGCGCGCUUUCUGGCCCGGUGCGGAGUCCCGUACACACACCUGCAUGUGUUCACUCCGCGCAGGUUUAAGCGCACCGGGAUGCCACGCGCCACCGAACAGAGGAAUGUGGCCCUCGCAUGGCUCCGGCAGCACCGGGGCACGCGGGACGCCGGGGUGGUUUUCUUCGCGGAUGACGACAACACAUACAGCCUGGAGCUGUUUGAGGAGAUGCGCAGUACUCGAGGGGUUUCUGUUUGGCCUGUGGGAUUUGUAGGCGGCAGAGCAUAUGAGCGUCCUCUGGUGUCCGGGGGUAAAGUUGUGGGCUGGUACACCGGCUGGAGACCGGACAGACCCUUCGCCACCGACAUGGCAGGUUUUGCGGUGAACCUCCAGGUGAUCUUGGCCAACCCGCGGGCGCAGUUCAAGCGCCGCGGCUCCCAGCCGGGGAUGCAGGAGUCCGACUUCCUCAAGCAGAUCACAAAGGUCACCGAGUUGGAGCCCAAGGCCAACAAUUGCACCCGGGUGCUGGUUUGGCACACCCGCACGGAGAAACCACAUCUUGCAAAAGAGCCCAAACAUCGGAAAGACACUGUGGUCAUUGAGGUGUGAGAGGAAGAGCCGAGCAGCGGAUCCAAAAGCAGAAUCUGAUGUGUCUGCCCAUCAUCUCUUGGCUGGGACUAACGGCAGCACCCUGCUUUCUCUCCUUAUGGGCUGGACACAAUCUGUUCACCAUGGACACAGACUCUGAGGAGCUGCAUGAUACAAGACUUCUGGCCGUUGGUCAAACGAGCUUUGUGAGAAGUGGACAACACUGAAUCUGUUCCUUUUAUUAACUGGAAUGACUUGGCCUGUUCAUUUCCUCCAUUUAUGGCUUGUUGAUAUGAAAAACUAAAGUGUAAAUGUAAAAAAUAUUACGUUGCUGAAGUGCCAUGUGAAUACUUGUCAUUGUCAAUGUCAAUGUCAUUUUAACCAUUAAUACAUCAUUGUCAAAUUAACUGUGGGUUUGAGAUAUAAGUAGCAUAAAAACAAGUCUCUUGGUCCAGAUAAUUGCUACACAGUAUCUUUUGGCAGUGGUAUAACUUACAAUGCUGUUGUUUUUACAGCUGAUAAAAAGAUUGAUACAAAUGUCAUGGCUUUGCAUUAAGUAAGUAGCUGAUAUCAGGAUGCUGCUAGCGUGAAGCGCCUCUAGCAGAAAGACUAACUAUCUAUGCUAGCAGGAAGCUUGCUUGGCAGGACUGCAACUAGCUAGGUUAGCACAAAGCUAGCUUAGCAGAAAGACUGUAUCCAGCUAGCCUGGCCCUCUUGAAGUUCAAGAAUAUGUUUACCACCACAUAUUAACACACGUUAUCACAUUUAUUUAACCUGAAAAUAAGCAGAAAUGCUGAACUGAUAAUUUUGUGUAUCGAUUCUUCAGGAACAGCAGCUGGGCGCGGCACAGUGAGCUGGACAUGCUACGCAGGGGUAGGCUACUGACGGAUAGACUGGUGUUCCCAAGAACACGCGACACCCCUGUGAAAUGUAUUGGCCAGGCUGUAGUUUUGAUGAUUACACUUGGUCCACUUUUUAAACAAACUAGAUGCAAUGUGUUAAUUAGCUUCAAAUGUGUUGCAAGAUGUAUUCUGAACUACAGAGAACCAAGCUAGAAGCAGACAGAAGCAGCUAGAUGUCCCAGCUCUCGUCUUUGUCUAAAUUAAUCACAUUCAUGUCUCAAAGUUAAUGUGGUAAUAAUUUAUUGAUGCAUAAAUGAUAUGUAAAUGUCCCUUACAUCACCCUGAACUGACCAUAUGUAGUGAACUGGAACAACCUCUGGUUUUGUAUGUGAAGUAGCAUAUGUGAUCAGGUUUGGAAGCGGCCUGGUGAAGUAACAAGUGACGUUUCUCCUGCCAAGCUGCCAUCAAUAAUGUAGACUCCGUGGGCCGACAACAAAGAAAACAAAAGGAAAUGCACUCGACAGCAGAGGAAUAUAAAAGAAUGAAUUGAGUAGACCAGAAAUGGCACAUCAGGCAGGCCGCUUAGUUUCACAGCUCAAAUGUGAAAGAACUGUUUUUCUUCAGUGUAUUUUAACUGCAGUAUUGUCCUGAUCACUGACGUCCAGAGGGCACAGUGUACAAUGUAAACACGGGAAAUAAAAACAGAAUUAAAUCCAGGAUUCAACAGCCUUUAUUUCAAAUUACCUUCUUGUAAAUCUUGGAACAGAAAAACGGAGCAAUCAAAUGUAAUUCCAAAAAGAUAAAACAGUACUAUUACAGUUAAAAGAGUCAUUGGACAAACAUGAACACAGAAAAAUUCCUGGAUAUUUUUCUUCAAUGCACGGAAACCACUUUUGUCUGUACUAGGCACCAGAAAAUGUAAACACGUUGGAAAUAAACCUGGAGGACAACAGA